AUGUAUUCAAAUCUCCAAAGCCAGACCUCGUCUCCUAGCGAAUUCACUCGCAUGUCUGUCAACCAAGCGACCGCGCCUCAUCCCGCUAUAGACCUUCUCCAUCGCAUCUUUGAGGACCCAACACUUACCAUUGAUCAAAAAAAGCAACUCCUAGAGGAAAUCAUUAAAAUCACACGACCGGAAAAAACACACUCUCAAUUUAACAUCAAGGAAGUUGAGUACUCGAACUCAGAGUCUUCUUGCAACACUUCCCUGAAGAAAGUUGACUACUCGCUACCAGAGAAGAAUGGUAUCCACGGCCUUCGCUCGAUUCGACAUAGGAUCUUCUCGCUAUAUCGGAGGUUGUUCACGCUUGUUAUUAUUGUCAAUUUGGCUACGCUGAUUGGGAUCAUGGGUUCGUCUAGAAUGAGGAGAUUGGAGUAUGUUGCUACGGCUGUUGCGUCGAAUUUGACUGCUAGUGUGCUGUUUAGACAGGAACAUGUUGUUAAUUUGCUUUUUUGGAUUGCUUGCUCCGUGCCUGUUUCUGGUGAGUCUUUUCUCGAUUCUUUCUUCGCUGAGGAGAAUGGAGGAUUGUUAGGAUUCUACGAACACGCCUUACAAGUCCGUAGAUGAAAAUAAAUUAGCUGACUUUGGUAUAGCACCUCUUUGGAUUCGAAGGAAUUGCGCUAAAGUAUACCAUAUCGGGGGUUUACAUAGUGGAUUCGCAGUCGCUUCUUUGACUUGGCUGCUCGUGUUUACAGUGUUGGCGACGAUUCAACGAGCAUCGCCUGCGGUUCUGACGCUCACGUAUAUCCUCGAUUCUGUUUUGGUGACAAUAUGCGCUCUUGCUCACCCAAUAUUCCGAGUCAAAUACCACGAUCAUUUCGAACUCACCCAUCGUUUCGCUGGCUGGACUGCUCUAGCGCUUUUCUGGGCACAAACUAUUGUUCAGGUAGCUGAUACUCAAAAGAGUACCGACCGCAGCCUUGGAUACCUGCUUUUACGAACACCGAAUGUUUGGUUACUUGCUGUGGCGACAGGGAGUACCAUCCUCCCAUGGGCGAAGCUCCGAAAGGUGACAGUCAAAUCCGAAGUCCUAUCUUCUCAUGCCGUACGACUGCAUUUCGACUACACCACACCAUUCCCAGGAACAGCUGUAAGGAUCUCGAGUCGCCCACUUCUGGAAUGGCAUGCAUUUGCCACGAUUUCCAAACCAGCGUCUCCUACACCACCAGCGGUACCCAACGAAUUCACAAGCACCGACGGCAAGGGGUUCUCUCUCGUCGUAUCUAACGCAGGAGACUGGACGAAACGCCAAAUCACCCACCCUCCCACCAAACUCUACGCCCGCGGCAUCCCAACCUGCGCAGUCCUCUGUAUCGUCCCGCUCUUCCACUCCAUCCUCCUCGUCGCAACCGGCUCAGGAAUCGGCCCCUGUCUCCCAAUCCUCUACCGCUGUGCAAUCACCCGUAAACUCCCGCCAACCUCCAAGAGGCGUCACAUCCCACUACGCGUCUUCUGGAGUACACCCAAUCCACUCCAAACCUUUGGACAGGAAAUCCACGACGCGAUUUUGGAUGCGGAUCCCCAGGCUGUGAUUCACGAUACGAGGACGAUGGGACGCCCGGAUAUGCUGGCUGUUAGUUGGGGGAUGAGGGUCGAGAGUGGGUGUGAGGCUGUGUGUGUCAUUUCUAAUAAGAAGGUUACGCAGAAAGUGGUUUAUGGGAUGGAGGCGAGGGGGGUGCCUGGGUUUGGGGCGAUUUUUGAUUCGUGA